ACUUGUUUUCUUCUCGAAUCCUACUUCCCAGUUCACACCGGCAAGAAGUGAUCUGUCGCUAACAGCUCUUUACUUCUCUCUCUACUACUUCUGUUCUUCACCUUCUUAUUGUUCUCCUCAUCGUUCUUCUUUCUUGACAAUCCAGUUCCCAAUCACAUUCUGCUUCAUCUCUUUCUCCUCUGUUUUAUAAUUGUCUUCCUUUCUUGAAAAUUUCAAGCAAAAGCUAUAAUUUUGUUUGCCAGAUCUAACCAUUAUGUCUUUUCUCAACACUUCUCCGCUACUCUGUUAGCAUUUUCUUGGUGCGCACCUACUAGUCUUUUACUUUUCUCUCAUUACGCUUACUGGGUUUUCUUUCUGAGAAAAAUGGAGAAGAAACAGGGCUUCUUCUCAGCUUUGAAGGAGGAGGUAGUGAGAGGUCUUUCACCGGGGAAAUCGAGGUCGAGGUCACGGUCACGGUCCGAGAGUCCAGCUAGAAGCAUUUCGCCGAUGGUCGGUCUUUUACUUCCUCGCCGGAGAAAGAGCCAACAGAGCAAUCAUUCUGUUUCCAACUUCCCGGAGCCGCUCAUAGGUAGAUCCGGUAGCUUCCGACCGGUCGGUGAGACUCUCGCGCCGCUAAUAGAGGGGCCUGACCCUUAUGAUGCUGCUGACGACAUCGCUGGCGCCUCUGGCGACUCGAAGAAAGAGGGAUGGGGUCAAUGGGUUCGUGGUCAGCUUUCUCGCACGCCCUCUGUUUCCUCAGCCGCUGCCGGUGGCGGAGGAAGUGGUUAUCGUCGCUCCGACCUCCGCCUUCUCCUUGGUGUCAUGGGCGCUCCCUUGGUUCCAAUCCACGUCAGCUCUCUCGACCCUUUUCCUCAUCUCAGCAUCAAGGACACCCCAAUAGAGAGUUCGUCGGCGCAGUACAUUCUUCAGCAGUACAUGGCGGCAUCCGGUGGGCUUAAGCUGCAGAGUUCCAUCCGCAACGCGUAUGCGAUGGGGAAGCUAAGGAUGGUGGCAGCGGAGUAUGAAACGGCGAAAAGGGUAACGAAGAACCGUGGCUCGCCGGUGGAGUCCGGCGGCUUUGUGCUGUGGAAAAUGGCCCCGGAUAUGUGGUACGUUGAGCUCGCCGUCGGCGGGAGCAAGGUGCACGCCGGCUCCAACGGAAAACUGGUGUGGCGUCACACUCCUUGGCUUGGCGCCCACGCGGCAAAAGGCCCCGUUCGGCCACUUCGCCGCUCUCUCCAGGGCCUUGAUCCGCUGUCCACGGCGAGCAUGUUUGCCAAUGCACGCUGCAUUGGCGAGAAGAAGAUCAACGGAGAAGAUUGCUUCAUUCUCAAGCUUUCUGCUGACCCGCAGACUCUGAAAGCGAGGAGCGAGGGAACAGCGGAGAUCAUACGGCACGUUCUUUUCGGCUACUUCAGCCAAAAAACAGGGCUUUUAGCUCACAUGGAGGAUUCCCACUUAACUCGAAUUCAAUCAACCGCCACGGGCGGCGACACUGUCUACUGGGAAACCACCAUAAACUCCUUCAUGGACGACUACCGCCCUGUCGAAGGAAUCAUGAUAGCUCACUCCGGCCGCUCUGUUGUCACCCUCUUCCGCUUCGGAGAGGAAGCAAUGAGCCACACAAAGACCAGAAUGGAAGAAGCAUGGACAAUUGAAGAAGUUGCUUUCAAUGUGCCUGGCCUUUCAUUAGAUUGCUUCAUUCCCCCAGCUGAUAUACGGUGCGGGUUAAUCAGCGAAGCCAACGAGCUGCCGCACGGAGAGAGGGGGAGGAGCAACAGCAGCAUUGCCGGAAAUCACAGAGCAAAGGUCGCAGCUUUAGAGAGAUCUCAAGAUGCAGGGGUGAGCAAUGUUGUUUGGAAAGUGGAAAUGUAACGUUGUUUAUACUUAUUAGCCGUUUCUAUUCUUUUUAGUACUUUCAAAUGAACUCACUAACUGCUAAUCUCUACAGAUUAGCAGAGUUUAAAAGCAGGGGUGUGAAGGUGUCCUCUGUAUAUCUUAACUACUUAUGCUAAUUUCUAUCGCCGAAGUGUGGGAAGAUAGCCACCACUACUACAUGACUGUUUUAGAAGUCUUUUGUUUCCUCUUUCUGCGCAAUUCGUAUUUGGUUUUAGUGUGAUUUCUAUUUUAAGUUGGUGAAUUCCUGACUUUUGUAAAAGAUUUGUGUUCUAUUGAAUGCUUCUGUGGUCUUCUUCUC